GUUCAUUGUUCAACACAGCCUCACACUCUCUAAGGCUUCCAUCAUCAAGCCUCGCCCCCACAUCGCCCUAAUCUGUAAUCAGUCUCCUCCAGCCGCUCACUCCUCCAGCGUCCAAAGUGCAGCGUUUCUUCAGCUCCAUGUGUUUGUGAAUACAGCCAGUUGAACAGCGGGAAGAUGAGGCUUCUGCAAACCCUGAUAACAUGUCUGCUGCUGGACUCAAUAUCAUGCAAAGUAGAAUCAGCUCCACCAACACCAACGGGAAAGUCAACUCCAGUAAAAGACUCAACAAUGACCUCCAUGGGAACAUCACAAUCUCUAACCAGCCCUGAUCCUAACACCACAAAAGCUAUAACUCGCUAUGCUUCGUCAUCACCACAAACCACAACUUUACUCACAGAAGUGACUGGAACUCAGACUGGAACAGCUCAAACCGUCCAUCCAACUACCCCCAUCACCACCCACACCAUGUCCAGUACAGUCCCCAGCACCGGCACCAUGACCAGUACAGAACCCAGCACCGGCACCGUGACUAGUGCAAUCCCCAGCACCGGCACCAUGACUAGUGCAAUCCUCAGCACCGGCACCAGGACCAGUGCGAUCCCCAGCACCGGCACCAUGACUAGUGCAAUCUUCAGCACCGGCACCAUGACCAGUACAGAACCCAGCACUGGCACCAUGAACAAUACAGUCCCCAGCACCGGCACCAUCAGCAGCACCAUGACCAGUACAGAACCCACCACCGGCACCAUGACCAGUACAGUCCCCAGCACCAUCAGCAGCACCAUAUUCAGCACAGUCCCCAAUACUGACACCUCUCUAAAAACAAGCGGCUCCACCAGUGCCACCAAAACCACGUCUGACUCCACCACAGUGACACAGGGGGAACCCAGGCCUGAAAGUCUGAGCUCAGGUUCCGUCACAGUCAUCAUUAUUACAGUUAUCCUCCUGGCUGUCAUAAUCUUGGGAGGGCUGUAUUACUACAAGAGGAGCAGAGCAUCGUAUGGCCGCCUGCUGGACACGCAUGAAACUGCGGAUAAUUUCACCAACCCCAUGUAUGACCCUUGAAGCUCAACGGCUGAUCUCCAGGACUCAAAGUUCUGGAGGAAAGAUCCUGAUGAGAACAGUUAACCUAACCAGGAGUUCCACCUCUGCAGUAAUCUGCUGUUUCCCUUCAAUCCUGCUGGCAUGAGAUGAAGGUUGUUGGUGCUAAACUCUGAGACGGGAGGCCAUUCUGACAUAUAAUGCACUUUUAAAUUUCCAAACUAGUGUGGGCGCCUACAUUCAAUCGAUCAAAACAUCUGGAAUAAAAAGCUAAUUUCAAGUUAUCAA